UUGGCUCUUAGAUGAACUCCCAGAGGUGCCACGUGGGCGCGAGUCCUGCGAAGUCCAUGGCGAUGUACGUGGUGAAACGAAAUGGGAAGACCCAGGAGGUGAAGUUCGACAACAUCACAAAGCGCAUUCGGACCCUUUGCCAGGGUUUGGACAUGCAGUUUAUCAAUCCCGUGCUGAUCACACAGAAGGUGGUGGAGGGCUUCUACCAGGGGAUCACCACAGCAGAGGUGGAUCGACUGGCAGCAGAAACCUGCGCCUAUAUGUCCCAGAAGCAUCCCGACUUCUCCACCUUGGCCGCACGGAUCGCAGUGAGCAACUUGCACAAGAACACGUCGGAUUCCUUCGUGGAGACCUGUCGACUGCUCUUCACCUACCGGGAUCUGCAGGGCCGGCCGGCAGCGCUGCUGGCGGAGGAUGUCUGGGAAUUCGUAGAGGCCAAUGCCGAGCGCUUGGAUGCUGCCAUGGACUAUCAGCGGGAUUUAGGAUAUGACUAUUUUGGUUUUAAGACGUUAGAACGAUCCUAUCUCCUGCGAGUCCAUGACCAGAUCGUCGAGCGGCCUCAGCAUAUGAUGUGUUCUGAUGAGGUCGAUUUGAAGCCCCGUAGCCGAAGGAUCAUGCGAACAGCUUGCGGCAUCCACUGCGGCGAUCUGCAAGCGACCUUAGAAAGCUAUGACUUUAUGUCUCGGAAGUUCUUCACGCAUGCGACGCCCACCUUGUUCAACGCCGGUACGCCGAAGCCUCAGAUGUCCUCAUGUUUUUUGCUGACUAUGAAGGAAGACAGCAUUGAGGGCAUUUACGAGACCUUGAAGCAAUGUGCGGUCAUCUCGAAGUCUGCCGGUGGCAUUGGGGUGGCCAUCAGCAAGAUCCGUGCCACUGGAAGCUAUGUGAGAGGUGCCAACGGGAAGAGCAACGGCUUGGUCCCGAUGCUGAGGACCUUCAAUGAAACUGCGAGAUACGUGGAUCAGGGCGGGGGCAGGCGCAAGGGCGCCUUUGCCAUGUAUUUAGAGCCCUGGCACGCGGACGUUUUUGAGUUCUUGGAGCUGCGAAAGAAUCAUGGGAAGGAGGAGCAACGUGCAAGGGACUUGUUCUUCGGGCUUUGGGUUCCCGAUCUCUUCAUGAAACGUGUGAAGGAGGACAAGGACUGGACGCUCUUCUGUCCCAACGAAGCCUAUGACACAGAGACUGGCAAGGGAUUGAUUGAUCUUUGGGGAGAGGACUUCGAAGCCCUCUAUGAGAAGCUGGAGGCACAGCAGAAGGGCCGGCGCACGGUGCGGGCGCAGCAGCUGUGGUUUCGGAUCAUCGAGGCACAAAUGGAGACCGGGACGCCGUACAUGCUCUACAAGGAUCACGCGAACCGGAAGUCGAACCAGCGAAACCUGGGCACCAUUCAGUGCUCCAACCUAUGUAGCGAAGUCAUUGAGUACACGGCUCCUGAUGAGGUGGCUGUUUGCAAUUUGGCAUCCAUCGCAUUGCCUGCAUUCACCAACGGAGAAGACUUCGACUUCCAGAAGCUUUACGAGGUCACGAAGGUGGUCACGCGGAACCUCAACAAAGUCAUCGAUCGGAACUACUAUCCCUUGGAGGAGGCCCGACGUUCCAAUCUGCGGCACCGGCCAGUCGGUCUGGGCGUGCAGGGCUUGGCCGAUGUCUUCUUGAUGAUGAAGCUCCCCUUCGAGAGCUCCGAAGCACAGCGCCUCAAUGAGGACAUCUUCGAGACGAUCUACUUUGCCGCUUGUGAGGCUUCUUGUGACUUGGCCAGGCAGCAUGGGAGCUACGAGAGCUACGUGGGUAGCCCUGCGAGCCAAGGCCUGUUGCAAUUCGAUCUUUGGGGCGCCCAACCGAAAAGCGGCCGAUGGGACUGGGCCCGGUUGAAGAAGGACAUGGCUCUCCACGGCCUGAGGAAUUCCUUGCUGGUGGCUCCGAUGCCCACGGCGUCCACCGCGCAGAUCUUGGGCAACAACGAGUCCUUUGAGCCCUACACGCAGAAUCUCUAUGUCCGCCGGGUCCUUUCUGGAGAGUUCGUCCAGGUGAACCGGCAUUUGCUGAAGGAUCUGAUUGCCAGGGGCCUCUACAACGAGGAGUUGCGGACGCAGCUCAUCGCAGAGAACGGCAGCGUCCAACGGUUGGAUUUGCCCGAGGACUUGAAGGCACUCUACAAGACCGUGUGGGAGAUCAAGCAGCGAGUGGUGCUGGACAUGGCUGCUGACCGUGGGAAAUACAUCGAUCAGUCACAAUCCCUGAAUGUUCACAUGGUCGACGUGACCAGUGCGAAGCUGACGUCCAUGCAUUUUCAUGGCUGGGAACGUGGCUUGAAGACUGGGAUGUAUUAUCUUCGAACGAAGGCAGCAGCAGAUGCCAUCAAGUUCACCGUAGAGGUGAAGAAGCCGAUGGGCGAGGCUGCGUCUUCACCGAGCUCCUCGAGCUCCGCUCCGAGCUCCGCGGAUCUGAACUCGGGCUACAGCUGUGUGAACUGCAGCGCUUGAAGACUUGAAGAAUGGAUCGCUUGAAGAAUGGGCUAAUGAACCUUUGAGUCCGUUUGAGCACGUCUGAGUGCGAUGCUCUGACUCGGAUGUUUUUUGAGACAUGUCGUUCUGUUGCUACGACUGAGUCGAACGCCACGUAGAGUCAGAAAAAACAGAGAACCAUGAGAUGUACAGUUGGUCACGGAGUUCUGUAAGGGGCACUCGAUUCAGC